UGUAGACUUCUCUAGGUACUUACACAGUGAAAUACAUUAAUUCUGCAUUGCUGGUAUUAACAUGCAUUUGUUUGCUUUAUCUGAGAUGAAAUUUUGAGACAAGUAGUCACCAAGGUUCCAUAUAAUCCAACACUUAAUGAAAUAAGAAGUAUAACAGCCAGACCGACUGCAGAGAUCAUCAUGGAAUCAAGUUAUCCAAUGUCAAAUAUCUCUGAAAAUAUUAAAUUCUCAUCAAAUUCAAAGCUACAGGAACUCUUCAGGAAAAUAUUUGGUUAUCCCCAGCUAGAGAACUUGAAAAGUGCUGAAUUUCCUUCAAGUUCAAUGGAGCUAGUAGAACCCAUGGCUGAAGUAUUUGAUGAAAUUCCACAGCAAGUGUUCUCCAAAGUCCCCAGUGACCCAACGAUUGAUGAAACAAGACGUUCAUCAGCUAAAUCAGCUACAAAGAGCAUCCCCAAACCAGUUGAUCUCAAGCCAAAGAAGCUUAAAGCUACUGAAUUCAUGUCAAAUUCAAAAAGGAUAAAGGAAAACUUGAGGGAAAUAUUUGAUGAAAUUCUAUGGCAAGAGCUCUCCAGAGUGCCAUAUAAUCCAGCAUUUGAUGAAAUAAGAAGUACAACAGCCAAAUCAAUUACAGAGAAAGUCACAAAAUCAAGUCCAACCCAGAAAAAGUACUUGAAACCUACUGAAUUUGCAUCAAAGUUUAAGGAGCAGGAGAAAAACUCGAAUGAAAUAUUUGAUGAAAUUUUACAGCAAGUGCUCUCCAGAGUUCCAUAUAAUCCAGCAUUUGAUGAAAUAAGAAGUAUGGCAGCCAUAUCAACUACAAAGAACUUCAUGAAUCCAAGUUAUCCCCAUCCAGAAAUCUUUGAAAAUAUUAAAUUUGCAUCAAGUUCAGUUAAGCCGGCGGAACCCAAGGCUAAAAUACUUGGUUAUCCCUGGCCAAGGACCCUGAAAAAUCCUGACCUUGCACCCAACUUAAAGAAGCAGGGGAAAAACUUAUUUGGUUAUCUCCAGCUAAAGACCUUGCAAAAUACUGAAUUUCCAUCAAGUUCAAUUAAGCCAGCAGAACGGGUGGCUCAAAUAUUUGAUGAACUUCUAAGGCACAGACUCUCCAAAGUUACUUAUUAUCCAACAUUUCAAGGAAUGAGAAGUACAGCAGCCGAGUCAACCACAAACAGCAUCAUGAAUCCGAAUUAUCCCCAGCCAAAGCCCUUGGAAAAUACUGAAUUUGCUUCAAGUUCAGUUAAAUCAAAGGAGAGCAUGGCUGAAAUAUUUGAUAAAAUUCUAAGGCAAAGGAUCUCCAAAGUUAUAAAUAAUCCAACAUUUCAUGAAAUGAGAAGUACUGUAGCCACAUCAAAUACAAACAACGUCAUGAAUCCAAGUUAUGUCCAGACAGAGACCUUGCAAAAUACUGAAUAUACAUCAAGUUCAAUUAAGCCAGAGGAUAGCAUGGCUAAAAUAUUUGAUGAAAUUCUAAGGCAAAAGGUCUCUGAAGUUACAAAUAAUCCAAAAUUUUAUGAAAUGCAAAGUACAUCAGCCAAGUCAACCACAAACAACGUCAUGAAUCCAAGUUAUCCCCAGCCACAGACCUUGCAAAAUACUGAAUUUGCAUCAAGUUCAUUUAAGCCAGAGGAUAGCAUGCUUAAAAUAUUUUAUGAAAUUCUAAGGCAAGGGGUCUCUGAAGUUACAUAUAAUCCAAAAUUUUAUGAAAUGCGAAAUACAUCAGCCAAGUCAACCACAAACAACGUCAUGAAUCCAAAUGAAAUUCUAAGGGAAAGGGUCUCCAAUGUUACAUAUUAUCCAACAUUUCAUGAAAUGAGAAGUACAUCAGCCAAGUCAGUUGCAAACAACGUCAUGGUUCCAAGUUAUGCCCAGCCAAAGACCUUUCAAAAUACUGAAGAUACAUCAUUUAAGCCAGAGGAUAGCAUGGCAAAAAUAUUUUAUGAAAUUCUAAGGCAAGGGCUGUCCAGAGCUACAUAUAAUACAACAUUUCAAGACAUGCGCAGUUUAGCAGCCAAGUUGACUACAAACGAUAUUAGGAAUCCAAAUGAGAUUUUAAGGGAAAGGGCCUCCAAAGUUACAUAUAAUGCAACACUUCCUGAAGUGAGAAGUGCAGCAGCCACGUCAACUACAAGUGACGUCGUGAAUCCAAGGUAUACCCAGCAAAAGGCCUUGAAACAUACUAUGCUUUCAUCAAAUUUCAAGGAUCACGUUGAAAACUUGCCUAUGAUAUUGGAUGAAGUACUACAGCGUGCAUCUUCUGAAGUUCCAUAUAAUCAUAAAUUUGAUGAAACAACAAGGUCAGCAGCCAAAUCAACUACAAAAAACAUCAUAAAACCAAAGGAAUACAUGCAGUCAGGAUUUAAGCACAGCUCAGGGUUGUCUCCCUUAGGUUACCCCCAGCAAAACGUCAUGGAAUAUACUGAAUUGGCCUCAAAUUUAAAGACCCAGGAGAACGGUUUUACUAAUUUAUUAGGUCACCCCCAGCAAAAUGCUGUGAAAUAUACUGAAUUUGCCUCAAAUUUAAAGACCCAGCGGACCAACUUUUCUAAAAUAUUAGAUGAAAUACUACAGCGUGCAUCCUCUAAAGAUCCAUAUAAUCCUAAAUUUGAUGAAGCAACAAGUUCAGCAGCCAAAUCAACUACAAAGAACAUCAUGAAACCAAGUUACCCCCAGCAAAAGGCCAUGAAAUAUACUGAAUUUGCCUCAAAUUUGAAGAACCAGGAGAAAAAUCUGACUAAAAUAUUAGAUGAAUUUCUAGGGCAUGCAACCUCUAAAGUUCCAUAUAAUCCCAAAUUUGAGGAAACAACAAGUUCAGCAGCCAAAUCAACUUCAAAGAAGAUCAUGAAACCAAGCAAGUAUAUGUUUUUACUUACACGAUUCGGGGCAGCCCAGCGCCUUCCUGCACUCCUCCCCAUCACAUCACGGUGCAGGCACCGGUUACGUGAUUAUAGUAGCACGGAGGAGCUGCCAAAACAGAGACAGAGAAGCUGGCCAUAUAUGUAA